UCUGCAUGUGGGUGUGUCACAUGAAGAGAUGGUUAGAGUUGAUGAACCUCAGCACUUCCGUGACGUCACUAAUGACACGUAUUCAAAAUGGCGGCCGCGGCUAUGGAGACGUGGUGGGCCUUACUGCUGCUGUCCUCGUUGCCUGUUGUCCGGCCCUUCUAUGUUCCGGGAGUCGCUCCCCGGGACUUCCAUGAGGGUGGCACAGUAGAUCUUAAGGCAGUGAAGCUUACCAGCUCCCGCACCCAGCUUCCUUAUGAAUACUACUCCCUGCCUUUCUGUAAGCCAGAAUCUAUUGUCUACAAGGGAGAGAACCUGGGUGAGGUAUUACGUGGGGACCGUAUUGUGAAUACCCUCUACAAUGUUGAGAUGAACAAGGAUCGGAAAUGUGAGAUGGUAUGCAACAAGAAAAAGCUCAGCAUAGAAGAGAGCAAGCUGUUUGCUGAGCGAAUCCAGGAGGAGUAUUAUGUGCACCUUAUUGCAGAUAACCUACCAGUUGCCACCAGGUUAGAGUUUUACCCCAACAGAGAGACAGCCGGGGAGGAGGAGCAGAAGAAGGACCUGGUGAAAGAUAUCCAGUUUGAACAUGGCUACAGACUGGGCUUUGUCGACAGCAACAAGUUUUAUCUGCACAACCACCUGUCAUUCAUCCUGUACUUCCACAAGGAGAAGCUGGAGCAAGGAGAAGUUCACAACUACAGGGUGGUGCGAUUUGAGGUCAUACCCCAAAGUGUAAAAGUAGAGGAUCUGAAGGCUGUGGAAAAGGACAAGACUUGCACCUUGCCUGAGGCCAGUGGCUCUGCCCCACAGGAGAUUGACCCGACCAAGGAGAACGAGGUUCUCUUCACCUACUCUGUCCGCUGGGAGGAGAGCGAGGUGAAGUGGGCGUCUCGAUGGGACACGUAUUUGACCAUGAGCGAUGUCCAGAUCCACUGGUUCUCCAUAGUCAACUCUGUGGUGGUCGUCUUCUUCCUGUCUGGUAUUCUGAGUAUGAUCAUUAUCAGGACCUUGAGGAAGGACAUUGCUAACUACAACAGAGAGGAUGACAUAGAGGACACCAUGGAAGAGUCAGGAUGGAAGAAUGUCCACGGUGAUGUCUUCAGGCCGCCUCAGUAUCCCAUGAUCCUCAGCUCUCUGCUGGGCUCAGGGAUCCAGCUCUUUUGCAUGAUCCUCAUUGUCAUCUUUGUUGCCAUGCUGGGCAUGCUGUCUCCAUCCAGCAGAGGAGCCUUGAUGACCACUUCUUGCUUCCUCUUCAUGUUCAUGGGUGUAUUUGGUGGCUACUUUGCUGGCAGACUGUACCGUACACUGAAGGGCCAUCGGUGGAGGAAAGGAGCGUUUUGUACAGCAACUUUGUAUCCUGCCGUGGUUUUUGGUAUCUGCUUCAUCCUCAACUGUUUCAUCUGGGGAGAACACUCCUCCGGCGCAGUUCCCUUCACAACAAUGCUGGCCCUGCUGUGCAUGUGGUUUGGUAUCUCCAUGCCCUUGGUCUACCUGGGCUACUACUUUGGCUUCCGCAAACAGCCCUACGAUAACCCCGUACGCACCAACCAGAUCCCUCGGCAGGUCCCAGAGCAGCGUUGGUACAUGAACAAGUUUGUAGGAAUCCUGAUGGCCGGGAUCCUGCCCUUUGGUGCCAUGUUCAUUGAGCUCUUCUUCAUCUUCAGCGCCAUCUGGGAGAAUCAGUUCUAUUACCUCUUUGGCUUCCUGUUUCUGGUCUUCAUCAUCUUGGUGGUCUCCUGCUCUCAGAUCAGCAUUGUAAUGGUUUAUUUCCAGCUCUGUGCAGAGGACUACCGGUGGUGGUGGAGAACUUUCCUGGUGUCAGGAGGCUCAGCGUUCUACGUCCUCAUUUAUGCCGUCUUCUACUUCGUCAACAAGCUGGACAUUGUGGAGUUCAUCCCCUCCCUCUUGUACUUCGGCUACACGACCCUGAUGGUCCUGUCGUUCUGGCUGCUAACGGGCACGAUUGGCUUCUACGCAGCCUACAUGUUCAUCAGGAAAAUCUAUGCUGCAGUCAAGAUCGACUGAGCGGUCACUCUCGCUGCUGUUGUCGUUGUUUUGGGUUUUUUCUUUUUUUCUUUUUUUUUUCGUCACAUUCUGUUUUUUUAAUGUAUAUAUUUUUUAUUCCUCAUGUCCAACAAGCACUGACUUGUGUGUAGAGGGAACGAGAGGGGUGCUUUUUAUGGCACAACAGCCCUGCCCACUGGCCUCAUGGGGAAGAACAGCAAGGUGGCAGAGCUAAACCAGCUGUCUCUCUCUCUCUUUCUCCCUCUCUCUCCCUCUCCCUCUCUCUUCUAUCCCCCCCUCUUCUUUCCAGGACCGAGACUCAGAGGCAAUUCUCCUCUGAUGGGACAGUUAAUGUCUCUUGCUCUUUCACCUUGCACACAGCACAGUGGGCCAAAGCUUGUCAAACAAACGGUUUCUGCACAUUUUUUGUUCUCAUUUGUUGUUAUUUGAGUCUAACUUAUCCAGGUUUUUAUUUGUGUCGUCACAGGAUUUAUCGCUGACCUAAUGUCUUUCAAUCAUCUUCUGCAAAAGCUAUUUCAUUCUGAUUUCCUUCCAUAAAUUCUGUUUUUACUCUUUCCAUUGUCUCUGUUUUCAAAACGUUACGUGGGUUUCAUUUCAGAGACUUUGGAGAUCAGGGAAGGAUUGGGGAGUCUUAACUGUGGUUAUGGUGUUGACUUUGUUGUGUUGAACUGAUAUGGGUGGAAAUAAUGCUGGGAAGUUCUACAUUGUAACAUAAGAUAGGGUAAAUUAAAUGUUCUAUUAUUUUUACUCCAGUUUCUAUGUCCUGGUGUGACCAUGUUAACCACGACUGUAAUCAAGAUACUCCUUUCUCCUUCCAAAACAAUGGGUCUCUUAUAAACGUCAAAAUAUUGGACAAUUUGCUCUAAAUGAUGCAGAACAGCUCUGAAUGGGACUAUGAACCCGAUGCCCUAAAGCAGUGGACUGUUGGGUGAAGCCACUGGAGUUUGGAUUAAAGGAAAAGCUGCAGUCAACACAAAAAAUGACAAGGAGGAGUAUCCUUUUAUAUUUGGUCUACAACACAAAUGUGUGUUUUUGAAGCUUUUUCCAGUAGAAACUUACAAAGAAGUAGAAACGUUUCCGCUCAUUAACCAUGCCGUCAGUGUAGCCUUAGCAGUGCUGGAUGCCUGCUGAACUAUGCAGUAAUGCAAAGCGAGUGCAAAAUUGCUGUUUUGUGAAGGUUAAUUCAAAGGACCAUUUUUGUUGAGAAAUGAUCAUUGCCUCAUUUCUUUAAGUUUGAAUCUAAUGUAUGAUACAUUUUGUGUAUAAUAUGAGAAAAACCAUAGCCAGCAAGAUCACAUCUGUGCGUGUUUCUACCGAUAGUGGUAGGUAUAAUUUGGACAGUGCUUGGAUGGGUUGCAGAGCAUUGAAAUGUAAUCCAGUGGUCUUAAUAGAUCUGUAUAGUAAUAAUGUAUUCUUGAAUUACAGCUCAUGUUUUUUUUUUUCCCCCUCCUUUUCACAUGUGACCACAAAAUAUGGUUAUAUUUUAUCUGUGUUUCAUCAGAUUUUAUUCAGCUAAAACCUUAAAAUUGCAUUGAGAGCAUGGCUGGAACCUGAUUAAAAGUGUUGUUUGACAAGCAACUCGAGCUAAGGGCUUCCCAGAGACAACCAAUGUAUUUUACUGUAGCUGAACUACACGGUAUAUAUUAAUCACAUUGCAUCAUAAUCAUGACAUUAAAGGAAUAGUUUGACAUUUUGUGAAAUACGCCGAAAUAACAGCUGUCUGUGCAAAGCAGCUUAUUACCUUAUUAUUUAUUAUUUACCUUGUUAUGUUACGUUUGUCGUUAGAUGGAGACCUCAAGUGGCGAUUAUGGUGGGAGUAAAGGAGGAAGUCUGACUUACUAGGACCACAAGAGGUCGACGUCUAACACGUCUAUUAUAAAGCGGGACAAAGUCUGCGUAGGGAUGAGGCCGGGUGGAUAGAUGGGUCAAACAAACACGGGACUUUCAAAAAAGAGGCCGCUGUCCGUGUCCUGUGUAAAACCAAAAGUUGUUUUAAGUUGCAUACGUAACUAUGUUAGUACGUAACCAUGUCACAUACGUAACAGAAACUAUGUUGCGUACUUAUUUUAACCAAACUACGACCUUUUCUUAAACCCAAGUAAAUAGUUCAAUUUUACAACGUGUUUAAAACUGCGACCGUUUCACAACUUUAAAUAGAACGGUCAUAUAUGUCAUUUUGGGAGUCACUGGCAAAGACUUUCUUUCCAAGAGUUAGAUAACCAGAUUGAUACUCAAAACGUGCAUUAAAUAUGAAGCUAUACGACCAGCAGCUUAGCUUAACACAUUGAUUGGAAACAGGGAUACAGCUAGCCUGUCUAUUGGCGGCAAAAACUAUCCAGGCCAGCUGUUUGCCUCGGUUUCCCGUGUUGAUGCUAAGCUAAGCUGACCGGAUGCUGCAGGUAUAGCUUCAUAUUUAGCGUACAUCUAACUGGAAGAAAACGAAUGAGCGUAUUUCCUAAAAUGAUGAAUUAUUCCUUUAAAGACAACAGGCAGAACAACAACAACGCUCUAACCCUCUUAUAUAUAGAUCUCAAUCACAGAACAGUUCUCAUUCUCUGGUGCCCUCUGACAGAUAACACAAGUCCAACAGAACAUUGGUAUAUUAUUAUGAUGUAGUUAACGGUAGACGCUUGAGGCCAGAUGCUAAUCCUAAUAGAUCAUUCUAAAGACUGAAUUCCAACAAGCAUAGGAAAUAAUUUUCAUCAAGCAUCACAAGCCCCUAAAAAUAAAAGAUUAAAGGAAACUAAACUCAUGCAGCAUGCAGAGAACUCUGAGUCCAUCACAGUCUUCGUAGUUACCAUCAAACUGGUUUUAGUGAAGAAUUGAAGUGGGAUAGGUGCAGAGAUCAACCCUGAUUCUCCAGGGGCAAAACGGUUGAAUGAACGAAUGACCCAUUCUGCUGUGCCCUCGUCUGCCUUCAUUAUAAUGUAGCCAACCCAACACUUGUUAGAUGAGCUGCUUGAAGAGAGCAAGACGGGACAAAAUUAAGUUACCGCCUGCCACUUGCUACGGGGACAUGACCGCUCAGUAAAGCCCCGGAGGUGUCCUCAAUUCAAAUGAGUGUACUCAUGUAUUGACCAUUUAUUCUUUCAUUUAUUUCCACUCCCAUCAGACGCUCGGAUACCAUCUCCUAUUUACUGUGCCGCCCUCCGCCCUCUGUAUUACGUCAAAGAGUUACUGAUCUCUGACACUUGGCUGCUGUCUUAUGUAAAGGCAGACUGACACUCCUCUCCUGCUGUUGAAGUGCACACGCCUGGGGAGAUUUUUUUACACAUAGACUUUUAAAAAGGCCGGGUCAUGCGUUGCGUUGGUAUGAUCAAGGGGUUUACAAUGUAAAUAAAAGAAAACAGCUUUGUAUUUGUUGCGUUUCGCUGUUUGUGGCGCUCUCUGUAAUGAUCCUGUCAUCGUUUUAGCCAAAAGCAUGAAGCUCAUGAUGACUCAAAAGGAAAUUGUUUCUGUUACUUUUCUCUUUGUUUCUUUUACAGAAUGUCCAAUUACAAAAAUGUACAAUGACAAAACAAUAAAAUGAUGACAAGUUGAAUAUGAAAA